AAGUGUUUAUUAUAACUGUGUAAUAAGACAUUUUAGUAGCAAAAUUUAUAUUAUUUAUUUUUUAUAAUGUCAGUGUAGCAAAGAAAAGAUGUUAAUCAAGUAACACCUGUUUUGGGUGAAUGAGUAAAUUUCUGAUUCAGUGAUGGAAUAAUCAGAUACUAAAAUUAAAUCUACUUUGAUUUAAUUGUGCAUUUUGACACUGACAUGCUGCAAGUCACGUGCAGUUACCCCUCUAUUGAAAAUCGAGUCUUUUGCGAUUGGUUGUUUCAUCUUCUCUUUACCUCCACCGUGGAGCGUUAUGGCGUCGUAUCUCUGUUAUAUUACGAUAGAGGUCGUCGUCCGUUGUAUGUAGCUGUUCAUGGCAUCGAGUUAGAAAAUUGUAGGGUUGUAAGAUGCAUUCAGUUUGUUUGUGAAUAAAUACUGAUUCAAUGCAUUGUUGAUUAUCAGAUAAUCACAGAGCUCGUGAUAGUUUAUAAUAUAAUCACUCUUAUAAAUUUCGACUUUAUUUUUACACGGUGUGGUAGCGUUGCGGUUAUCUUGAAAUUUUGGGGUGCGUUGAUGUACUUUGGAAAUACCGGCUGUGUUGUUCGAAUAAAGAGUCACCGGUAUCGUUAUAAAAUUUCAUUAGAUAAACGUACGCGACUAAAUUGGAUUUACCUAUUACAUGUUAGUAAUGGAAUAGCCUUGUAAUAACUGAAUUGCUACGCGAAAUAUUAUCGAUUGUGAAAAUUUCUUUAAAAUAGCAACAUGAUUCUUCGACGGAAAUCAGUGCACAACUGCAACUGCCCUUGUCAUCAGCAUUGUUCUACUAAAUGUGCAGAAGAUGUAGAGAGUAUGACUGGUGAAAUUGAAAAUGGGGAUUUGGCAAUUCGAGAUGUUGCUGACCUUCUCCAAUCACAGUAUGCUAUUAUAGCAGGAGGGAAAACUCGAGAAGGUUGCCCCAUAAUUACUUUUCCUGAUAAUGGCAAUUUUCACAACUUAUCUGAUGUGGAUUAUCAACGUCUCAUGUUAUAUCUUACCUCUGUGCCAACGUUACAAGAAGCUGAUCUUGGAUUUCAUUUAAUAAUUGACAGAAGAAAUGAUAAAUGGAAUUCUGUAAAAACUGUAUUAUUAAAAAUUUCUGGCUUUUUUCCUGGUUUAGUUCAUGUAGCGUAUGUACUACGUCCAGCUGGAUUUUUACAAAAAGCUAUUUCAGAAGUGUCAAAUAAAUUAUUUAGGGAAGACUUUAAAUUUAGAGUUAUAUUUUUAGCAAAUGUUGCUGAACUUCAUGAAUUUAUAGAUAAAGAUCAAUUAACUGAACAACUGAGUGGCACUUUACCAUAUUGUCACCACACUUGGAUUCAAAAUAGAAUUAGUUUAGAAAAAUUUUCAUCAAUGACCCAAGACGUAUCUCUUGCAUUGGACUCUUUUACACGGCGAUUAGCCGAGAUUGAAUUUCCUAACAAUACUAUAGCAACGACAUCUUUAUUAUCUCAACAACAAGUUGAAUAUAAUGAAUUAAAGGAAGAAAUUCUUAGUGCUGCAAGACAUGGAGAAGCACUUUUGGACAGUGUAAGACAACUAACUGGAAAAGGAACGGCUGAUAGAUUAGGAAACGUGGCAGCGAUAGAACGAUUACUUGUCCAGCUAGAAGAAACAGAACGAACUUUUGAUUUAUUUUGGUCACAUCAUAGUUCUCGUUUAAGACAUUGUCUAGCUUUGAGACAAUUCGAAGCUGACUUUAGAGAAUUGCAAGCAACAUUGGACCAACAUUUAAAAACCAUAGAAGAGAUGACAGAAGUAGGGGAGACUCAAGCAAGGGUUGAACAAUUACUCUGUGACACAUCAGCAUUUCAGAGAAUAUGUAGAGGAGAUAUAGAACGAGCAGAGGAAGUAAUAUCUGCUGGUCAACAACUGCUAUCUGGGAGGCAUCAGUGUCCUACAGAUGUUGUAGAACCUAAAUGUGUGGAACUACAGAGAAUUUGUACUAUUUUAAGUCAAAGGCUGGAAAGACGGUUACAUAUGUUAACCAAAUGUAGAGAACUAAUGGAGCGUAUAGACAAGGCAAAUGCAUGGUGCACACGCGGAAUAGAAUUGCUUGCAUCACAAAAUAACUCAACACCGCCUGAUCAAGCACUUCAAGAAUUGCAAGAAUUAAUUGAAACUGCAGAGGAAUUCCAUCAUCCCAGAUGUAUUUUUCAAGAUUCUAUAAUGCCGGAAACAAAAGCUCUUAUUACUCAAGUUCUACAAAGAAUAGAAGAUGUGUCUUUAAUGUGUGAUAAAAGAAUUAUGACACUAAAGCAGCAAUUAAUUAAACCUGCAAGACCAGUUCAAACUGUAACUCCUGAACCAGUUAAACCAUUGCAAUCACUGCCUCAAAUUGUAAAACCUGGUAGAAUUCUAAAAAAAGCUAACACGAUGCCGAAGAUGGAGAUGAGUCCCAUAGAAGGAGAAUCAUCAUCACCGGAAAGUGAAUCUAAAGAUGUAGAAGCUUUGCGUUUAAAACGAGGACAUGUUUUAGCGGAACUUGUUGAAACAGAACGAAUUUACGUUGCCGAGCUAGGUUCCAUAAUUAAAGGAUAUAAAAUGGAAUUAACAAACGAAGCAAUGGCUCAUUUAAUACCGGCAGCAUUAGUAGGCAAAGGAGAUGUUUUAUUUGGUAACUUAGAAGACAUUUAUAUUUUUCAUGGAGAAACGUUUUUAAGAGAUUUAGAAAAUUGUAUUUCAAAUACUGAACUUGUUGCAUUGUGUUUUGUACAAAGGCGUGACGUAUUCUUCAGAUUAUAUAGUUAUUACUGUCAAAAUAUUCCGAGAUCUGAAAAAUUGCGAGAACAAAUACAAAACGAACCUCAGUUUCUUGCAACUUGCCAACAAAGACUCGGUCAUAAAUUACCUCUGGCUGCAUACCUUCUAAAACCUGUGCAACGUAUAACGAAAUAUCAGUUAUUAUUGAAAGAUCUUUUAAAAUACAGCGAGGAACCAUCAUGUUCCACUGAGUUACAAGAAGCGUUAGAUUGUAUGCUUGUUGUAUUGAAAUGCGUUAACGACAGCAUGCAUCAGACUGCUAUUACAGGAUUUGCCGAAGAUUUAAAUGCACAAGGCGAGCUCUUAUUACAAGGCUCUUUUAGCGUAUGGAGCAGUAGUAAGCGAGAACGAUUACUUAGGUUGAAACCAUCUCAGCGUCAUAUUUUUUUGUAUGAAAAGGCUCUUAUAUUUUGUAAGCAUAGUAAACCACAAGCUCACAAUAAAGCUACAUACCAUUUUAAAAGAUAUUUGAAGAUGUCGCAAAUUGGACUAACAGAAUCAGUUAAAGGCGAUGCAAGACGCUUUGAAAUUUGGCUUCAGGGUCGAGCCGAAGUGCAUACAAUACAAGCAUCUACUGUUGAAGUCAAACAAUCCUGGGUGCGUCAGAUUAAAGGGGUUUUAAUGUCCCAAUUGGCUGAACUUAAAGGAAAACAGAAUUCUGCUCUCGGAAAAACCAAUCAUAAACCAUUGCGCCAGACGAUUUCAUGGGAAGCUCAAGGCAGUGUUUCUGGAUCUUUGCGAACUCUUUCAGUUGACGGUAGUAGUGUAGUAGGAAACAUUACAGAUCUUUUACAAUCAACGGAGGAUGAUGUCGGUUGGAGUUCAGAAAAUAGUAACACGGACGAUGAAGAUGCUUUUAGCGAAAAUCCUGGUCCAGCUCCUGGUGGAAGAUAUGUAGCACUGGCUGAUUAUUGCGCAGUUGGACAGUCAGAGGUAACUAUGCGUGAAGGGGACAACCUAGAACUCCUUAAAGUUGGUUGUGCUGGGUGGUGGUUUGUAAAACUAAUAGGUACUGGAAUAGAAGGAUGGGCACCGGCAGCUUACUUAGAACCAAUUAAUCGAAAAACUUCGCGCAGUUCACAAUCAGUGAACAGUCAAGAAACCAUAUGA